CAUACGAAGAGGCGGCGAUUUUUAUUCAUCAACAGAUCGCAUUCACCUUGACGAAAUGUUUUAAUUUUUCGGCUUUCAUCAUCAAACACCUUCCUUCAUGCCUCCUCCAAUUUUCAGGGUGAACAGAUCGCGAUCUCGCCCACAACCUUCAUCCCUCCGCGGUCGCACGGUGGCGACCAACUCUCGAUCUCACCAUGAGUCGACAGGUUCGUGUUCGGAAGCUAAACAAAUCUACAUCGCAGCAAGUCUUUCAAGAAAAUGAGAUCGACUCUGCAGAAUACAAAGUGCUCCUGAAUCAGCUUUCAGUGAGCAUCGAAUCUGGCGUGGAAAAAUCCGAAGAAAAGGAAUACCAUCUCCAGGCAGCAUUAAAAGCAAGCUCAGCAGCGGAUAAGGAUGCCCCAAAGGAAAUCCCCGCGCCGCCAGCAGAACUGUCAAAAGACAUUGAUUAUGAUGCCCUGUACUCAUUAAUAUUUGACAAACCUGCUACCUACAUCCGCUUCUCCCAAACCGUCGAGGAGACCAGGGGUUGUCAAUAUGAUAUGACCACCGAAGAUGAUGUCUUCCUCAAAGCAUACAACCAAAAGAGGCCAGCUGGCUCUAAGUGCUCCGAAGAUGAUUUCGAAAAGAUCAUGGAAAUCUACGAAGAGACCGCGGAUGUCCAAGCCCCAUUCGCAUCAGUAGAUGGCACCGUGAUACCCUACGAUAUCAUGAGAUCUGCUUUGAAACAACAAGUUGACGAGAAGAUCCAAGAGUUCGCAAGAGACAUCUAUGACCACUGGAGAGCAAGUAGGCAAAAGUCGGGCAACCAUCCGCUCCAACCAACUCUCAAAUUUGAGAAAAAUCAAGAAAAGGAUGAUGGAGACCCAUAUGUCUGCUUCCGACGCCGAGAUAUUCGGCAGACUCGGAAGACAAGACAGCGGGACAUGCAGAGUACAGACAAACUCAAGCGACUGAGGAAGGAACUGGAAGAUGGAAGACUCCUCAUAGCCAUGGCACUGCAAAGAGAAUUGACUAAACGGGAACUUCUGAAAGUGGACCGAAACAUCUUCGAGCAACGUGCGAAGGUUAAGGAAGCCAAAGUCCGUCUCGGAAUCAAGACCGACGAUGAGGACUUGAUCAACCAGAGGAAGAGGAAGAUGCCAGAUUCUGUUAUGCUUCAGCGUCCUCCUGGAACUCAGCUGCGCAUACCUGGCCGGUCUGAUGGCCGUCCACUCGAUGCCGAUCUCAUCUUAUUGGAGGACCUGCUUGCUCAGAAGGAGAACAUGCUCCAGAAUGAAAUUGAAGAAAAAGCUGCUCAGCAUCGAAAAUGGAACCAAGGCCAUGUCGACUUGACUCGAGAACCUCUCUCACCGGUCAACGGUCAAGGGGUAGAGACGGGCUUCCGUCCUGCAACUGCCCAAUAUCAGUACCUGAUGACACCACCUUCUUCUGUGACAUCGGAAUCCUUUGACCAGCCCUCUCCCAUCCAGGAGAAGCCUGAACCCUUCACCUUCAGGUACAGUUCCCCUCCUGAAGAAGAUCUGCCCCAGGGACAACCAGCGUAUCGUCGGAGAAUCGGUCGUAAUGGCCGCCUCUGGAUCGACCGCAGAGGGAUGUCAUCCGCAGCAGCGAAGGGUGUUGACGAGAGCGGGUCCGAUCGUUGGAAGUACGACCAAGACGACGACGAUGAGCAAGCCGUCUACGAACUGGACCCAUACGACACCAAAGCAUUGCGGUUCCGAGCAACCAUCCCCUUUCCCAACCACCUCUACCCCCAACGAACUCGACAGGAGGCUGCACAAGUAGCCAGACCUCCUGGCGUCAGUCCGGCAAAUAGCCGCGCCAUCGCUACCACCCAGCAGCCAAGAGCACCCACUUGAGUUUUUCAACCAUCUCCUCUCACAACAUCCCGGAACACGAAAUCGCGCCCUUAUGGCGCUCCUGUACAUCACACCUUUCCCGGAGCAUCAUUUGAAGAUGCGUGUUUGACUUGGAGGCGUUAUCCACGGAUCCGGGUGAACAAAGCUUUGUUGGUAUUAGACGUUGUGUCACCACAGGCCUAGAAGAUAAAGGCAGAUACAGGUCGUCUGUUGUAUUUUAGUUAGCGCUCAAGAGAGCAAGCAAGAAAAACAAAUAAAGCCAUUUUGCCGGGGGUUAAACACUCUCAGACAGAAUAGAACCUAUCAUGGAAAACGUGCCUUUCGUAGUUCAUCUGAACCGA